AAAACUCAGGGAUCAUAAUCCUGGGAAAUGUUUCGUCAUUUCGGCUUUAUUCUUUCCCCCCUUGCGCGCCAAAACCUUAAGGUCAUUUAUCGAGGAGGAAAUCUAAAAGUGCAAGCUCAUGCAAAAGAAGAAAAAAGUUGUUGUUCAACUCUUUAUUCAGUUUCGACUUGCGCGAGUGACCAAUAGGACAGUGUAAACUGAUCGUCAACAAGUAGCGAGUGAUUGAACUUAUUUAUGCUUCUGUGUGUGACAAGAGUGGUGUUCUAACAGAAUUGGUAAACUUAUUAUUUAUAUAUUUAAAAGGGAAUAUGCAGAGUGAAAGAUGGCUUUUUAUUCAAAAUAAAUUCUAAUGUCACUGCUCAGCCUCACAUCAUGACUUAUCCAGUAUCUAAGUAUUACUUAUAGUGUAGAUGUUUUAUAUAAAUUUCUUCUGUGGAGUAUUUGAAUCUGUGAUUUCUUGUCCAUAUGAUAAAGGAUCGUCCUGCCAUGGUUAAUUAUUUAUAUGAUUUAGUUGAAAGAAUUGGGAACUGUACAUAUGCUACCUUACAUUUGGAAUACUUGGAGAAAUAUGUAGACAUUCAUUUUGUACAGUGGCUAGUAUGGCUUUUUACACCCAUAGUUAUUGUUUUUGUGUUUCCUUUUGUGUUAUUUAUCCUGUUCUUUUUGUCCGCUCUCUUUGUCCGAGCCUACCGCUACCGUUACCGCCUACGUGAGGCAUACAACAGAGAUGUUUGGGAUGGGGCCAGAAAUACCUUGGCCACAGCAUGGGAUGCUUUGGGUUGGCUAUGGCAUGGUUAUGAAAUAGUUGGCUUAGAAAACAUUCCCGAGUCUAAAGAAGGAGGUGCAUUAAUAGUUUUCUAUCAUGGAGCUAUUCCAAUCGAUUAUUAUUAUAUUUUAGCCAAGACCAUUCUCAUAAAGAAAAGAUGUAUUAGAUCUGUGGGAGAUCAUUUCCUUUUUAAAAUCCCAGGUUGGAAUCUGUUGAUGGAUGUGUGCCAUGUAUUUUCGGGAUCUUUUCAACUUUGCGUCCAGUAUUUAAAAGAAGGUCAUCUUGUUGCCCUUGCUCCAGGGGGAGUUCUUGAAGCCCAGUUUGGUGAUGAAGACUAUCGCCUUGUCUGGGGAAAAAGAAUUGGUUUUGCAAAAGUUGCAAUUGAAGCUCAAGUACCUAUUAUUCCAGUCUUUACUCAAAAUCUUAGAGAAGCAUUCAGAUCAGUAAAAACAGGCAGGCGCUGGCUUAGAAAAAUAUAUGAGAAAACAAGAUUGCCAGUUGUUCCUAUUUAUGGAGGAUUUCCAGUUAAGAUGAGAACAUAUGUUGGUACCCCCAUUCCAUAUGAUCCAAAUAUAACUCCAGAAGAACUAGCCAAAAAAACUGCUGAAGCCAUUGAAAACAUGAUCCUGACUUAUCAGAGACUACCAGGAAGUAUUUUCAAAGCACUUGUUGACAGAGUAUAUGAAAAGCCAAAGCUGAAAAACAUAUAAUGCUGUGAUGUUUAUUAUGAACGAAUGUAUAUACAAAUCCAAAGUCUUGCUGCUAUAUUUAAUUACUUCAUUCCAAUAGUUUCCUUGCAUUGUUACUUGAAUUUGUGUUACUUGCAACAAGAAAUAAGAUAAUAUUAUUUAUUAGAUUAUUGUGGUGCUUUCAUUUAGAAAAGAAAUUGCUGAUCAAAAUAUGCUAGAAACUUUUACUAGUAAAAGUAUUAGAUUCAUUUAUUUGAUUUUACUAAUUUGAAUCUCUUUCUAUUUAUGAAUUAUUGCAAUCUAAUAUAUGAAUUUCUACCUCUUUUUUUUGUACAU